UCUUACCUUCGAAAAACAACAUACAAAGCUCACGCCUCUCUUUUCCUUUCUAUAAAGCACAGAGGAAAAGAAAAGAACCAGUGCCUGAAAGGUAUAAAUCCAGAGAAUAUCUAAGCAAAAAAGGAGAAAAAAGGUGAGAAGGAAGCAAUGAAGCAGAGCAUGCCUGAGGCAGUUUCCUCAUCGUCGAGCUUUCCGGACCAAUCACAACCCGCCACCUCAGCAUCGGUAUCCGAUAACAACAACAUCAAUUGCAAACCCUUGGCAUCGAUAUCGGCUGCGGAUGACUUAGCUGGACUGGGGUUGAGAGACGGUAGCGGUGGGGCGCAGGAAGCCCUAACCUUCGAUCGGCGAGGGGAAUACUCGGCCGUUUGUAGAUGGACGGUUCAUAAUUUCCCGAGAGUGAAAGCUAGGGCACUAUGGAGUAAGUACUUCGAGGUAGGCGGUUAUGAUUGCCGUUUAUUGGUUUACCCGAAAGGGGACUCCCAGGCUCUGCCGGGUUACAUAUCGGUUUAUCUCCAAAUCAUGGAUCCACGGGGUACGUCCUCGUCGAAAUGGGACUGUUUCGCUAGCUACAGAUUGGCCAUCGUCAACCUAAAUGAUGAUUCCAAGACCAUUCAUCGCGAUUCGUGGCAUCGGUUCUCUAGCAAGAAGAAAUCUCACGGUUGGUGCGAUUUCACUCCUUCUUCUACUGUUUUCGAUUCCAAAUUAGGUUACCUUUUCAACAACGAUGCCGUUUUAAUCACCGCCGAUAUCUUAAUCUUGAAUGAAACCGUUAAUUUCACGCGUGAUACUAACGAUGUCCAGUCCUCAUUGUCCUCUAUGAUAUCGUCAUCGGUUGUUUCUGGUCCUGUUUCCGAUGUUUUGAGUGGUAAAUUCACUUGGAAAGUGCGUAACUUUAGCUUGUUUAAAGAGAUGAUUAAGACACAGAAGAUAAUGAGCCCAGUAUUCCCUGCCGGGGAGUGUAAUCUGAGGAUUAGUGUGUAUCAAAGCUCGGUUAACGGUCAGGAGUAUUUGUCUAUGUGUUUGGAAAGUAAGGAUACUGAGAAAACGGUUGCUUCUGAUAGGAGCUGUUGGUGUUUGUUUAGAAUGUCAGUGCUGAAUCAGAAACCUGGGUCAAAUCAUAUGCAUAGGGACUCUUAUGGGAGGUUUGCAGCUGACAAUAAGAGUGGGGAUAAUACAAGUUUGGGGUGGAAUGACUACAUGAAAAUGUCAGAUUUUGUUGGGUUGAAGACAGGGUUUUUGGUGGAUGAUACUGCGGUAUUUAGCACUUCGUUUCAUGUGAUCAAGGAGUUUAGUAGUUUCUCCAAGAAUGGCGGGUUGAUUGCUGGGAGGAGUGGGAGUGGUGCAAGGAAGUCUGAUGGGCAUAUGGGGAAAUUUACUUGGAGGAUUGAGAAUUUUACAAGGUUGAAGGAUCUUCUGAAGAAGAGAAAGAUAACAGGUCUUUGCAUCAAGAGCAGAAGAUUUCAGAUUGGAAAUUGGGAUUGUCGUCUGAUUGUUUAUCCUCGAGGGCAGUCUCAGCCACCUUGCCACCUUUCUGUGUUUCUUGAGGUUACAGAUUCACGAAAUACUUCGACUGACUGGAGCUGUUUUGUGAGUCAUCGGCUGUCAGUUAUGAAUCAAAAGGUGGAGGAGAAGUCAGUUACAAAAGAAUCUCAGAACCGCUACUCUAAAGCUGCCAAAGACUGGGGUUGGCGUGAAUUUGUGACACUUACUAGCCUCUUUGAUCAGGAUUCUGGAUUUCUUUUUCAGGAUACUGUUGUGUUUUCUGCUGAGGUUCUUAUACUGAAAGAGACAUCAAUAAUGCAGGAUUUUACUGGUCAGGAUACUGAAUUAGCAAACACUGCUUCCCAGAUAGGAAGUGUUGGAAAGAGAAGUGCAUUCACUUGGAAGGUGGAGAACUUCUUAUCUUUCAAGGAAAUAAUGGAAAAUCGCAAAAUUUUUAGUAAAUUUUUUCAAGCUGGUGGAUGUGAGCUUCGAAUUGGUGUAUAUGAGUCCUUUGACACUAUAUGUAUAUACUUAGAGAGCGAUCAGUCAGUUGGUAGUGAUCCAGACAAAAACUUCUGGGUUAGAUACAGAAUGGCCAUAAUGAAUCAAAAAAAUUCGGCCAAGACUGUCUGGAAAGAAUCUUCAAUUUGUACAAAGACAUGGAAUAAUUCUGUUUUGCAAUUCAUGAAGGUAUCAGAUUUGUUAGAAGCAGAUGCAGGGUUCCUUGUGCGUGAUGCCGUUGUUUUUGUUUGUGAAAUAUUGGAUUGCUGCCCUUGGUUUGAGUUUUCAGACCUUGAGGUUUUGGCGUCUGAGGAUGAUCAGGAUGCUCUCACUACUGAUCCAGAUGAACUCAUUGCUUCUGAAGACAGUGAAGGCAUAAGUGGAGAUGAAGAAGAUAUAUUUAGAAACCUUCUUUCCCGAGCUGGAUUUCACCUUACCUAUGGAGAUAAUCCAUUGGAGCUGCAGGUCACUUUACGAGAGAAGCUUCUGAUGGAUGCUGGGGCAAUUGCUGGUUUUCUGACUGGACUGCGUGUUUACCUUGAUGACCCAGCCAAAGUAAAACGUUUGCUACUUCCAACAAAGCUUUCUGGUAGUGGUGAUGGGAAGAUUGUUACAAAGGCAGAUGAAUCUUCACCUAGUUUGAUGAAUUUGCUAAUGGGGGUUAAAGUUUUGCAGCAAGCAAUUAUUGAUCUGCUAUUGGAUAUAAUGGUUGAAUGUUGUCAACCCUCAGAAGGAAUUGCUGAUUCGUCGGAUGCAAAUUUAAAACCUUUUGAUGGUGGUGAAGCUGCUAGCCCAUGUCAUUGUGAACGGGAGAAUGGAGCUGUAAAAUCUGCUCAAUUUCCUAUAUAUGAAAGAGUUGAUUCUUGUGUGAAUGAUGGUAGCACUGCCUCUGCUGUACAAAGUUCUGACAUGAAUGGGAUUGACAUCUCUGGAAAAGCUGUUUGUGGUCAUCCUACUUCUCCUCCAGAAACCUCUGGUGGGAGUUCUUUGGAGAACUCCUCACUUUGCUCAAAGACCAAGUGCUCGGAGCAAUCUGAGGAGCUUUUAGGGUUGAUUGUCAAUUCAUUGAGAGCCCUAGACGGAUAUGUUCCACAAGGCUGUCCUGAACCCAGGAGGAGGCCCCAGUCGGCACAAAAGAUUGCUCUUGUAUUGGAUAAAGCUCCUAAGCAUUUGCAACCUGACUUGGUAGCAUUGGUGCCUAAAUUGGUAGAGCUUUCAGAGCACCCAUUGGCUGCUUAUUCUCUUCUUGAUCGACUUCAAAAGCCAGAUGCUGAGCCUUCUUUGCGGUUGCCUGUGUUUGGAGUCCUCGGUCAACUAGAAUGCGACAGUGAAGUGUGGGAGCGUGUCUUAUUUCAAUCUUUUGAGCUCUUGGCUGAUUCAAAUGAUGAAUCUCUGGUUGCAACCAUAGAUUUCAUCUUUAAAGCUGCGUCACAAUGCCAACAUCUUCCAGAAGCAGUUAGAUCUGUUCGCGUUAGGCUAAAGAACUUGGGCCUAGAGGUGUCUCCUUGUGUUCUUGAAUUUUUAAGUAAAACUGUAAAUAGCUGGGGUGAUGUUGCUGAGGCCAUACUAAGAGAUAUUGAUUGUGAUGAUGAUUUCGUUGAAAAUUGCUCAGUGUUGCCCUCUGGAUUCAUCUUGUUUGGUGAAAAUGGAUCUCCUCCUGAAAGAUUGAGUGUUCUAGAUGAGCAGGCCUUUUGUGAAGGUCAGCAUUUUUCUGACGUUUAUGUCCUGAUAGAAAUGCUAUCCAUACCUUGCCUUGCUGUUGAAGCUUCUCAAACAUUUGAGAGAGGUGUGGCUCGAGGUGCCUUUGUGGCUCAGUUGGUGGCCAUGGUUUUGGAAAGACGUCUAGCCCAUGGACUCGAUUGUAAUGCCAGAUAUGUUGCAGAAAGUUUCCAGCAUGGAGAUGCUGUAGUAGAGGGAGAGGUCAAUGAACAGCUUAGUGUUCAACAGGAUGACUUCACUUCACUUCUAGGUCUUGCCGAGACAUUGGGUCUCUCUAGUGACCUUCAUAUCAGGGGCUUUGUGAUGAUGCUCUAUACAAUAUUAUUUAAGUGGUAUAUUGAUGAGUCCUACCGAGUGAGGUUGCUGAAGAGACUUGUUGAUCGUGCCACUGGCACUACUGAAAAUAUUCAUGAGGUAGUCUUGGAUUUUGAUAUUUUGGUUGCUUUGGUUUCUGAGGAGCAAGAAAUUGUUAGACCUGUUCUCAGCAUGAUGCGAGAAGUUUCUGAGCUUGCACAUGUUGAUCGGGCAGCACUUAGGCACCAGUUAUGUGCUAGUGAAGAUGUGAUUAUCCGCAUGCGUGAAGAGACAAAGGUUGGAAUUUCUAAUGUGGCAAAGGAAAAAGCUGCUUUAUCCCAGAAAUUAAGUGAAUCUGAAGCCACAAAUAACAGACUUAAGUCCGAAAUGAAGGCUGACAUGGAUUGCUUUGCUCGGGAAAAGAAGGAACUUUGUGAACAAAUACACGAGGUUGAGAGUCAACUUGAGUGGCUCCGCUCAGAGAGGGAUGAUGAAAUUGCAAAACUCACUGCUGAGAAGAAAACACUUCAAGGUCGUCUUCAUGAUGCAGAGGCACAGCUCUCCCACUUGAAGUCUCGCAAACGAGAUGAGUUGAAGAGGGUAGUCAAGGAGAAGAAUGCUCUUGCUGAAAGAUUGAAGAGUGCUGAAGCUGCACGGAAAAGAUUUGAUGAGGAAUUAAAACGGUAUGCCACAGAGAAUGUCACUCGAGAAGAAAUUCGCCAGUCGCUUGAGGAGGAGGUUCGCAGAUUGACACAAACAGUAGGGCAAACCGAAGGUGAAAAGCAGGAAAAGGAAGAGCAGGUUGCUAGGUGUGAAGCAUAUAUUGAUAGCAUGGAAUCAAAGUUGCAGGCGUGCCAGCAAUACAUUCACACCCUUGAAGCCUCACUUCAAGAAGAAAUGUCGCGACAUGCCCCGCUCUAUGGUGCUGGAUUGGAAUCUCUGUCCAUGAAAGAGUUGGAAACAUUGUCAAGGAUUCAUGAGGAAGGGCUGAGGCAAAUCCACACCCUCCAGCAGCGUAAAGGCAGCCCUGCUGGCAGUCCACUUCUGAGUCCACUUACCAUACCACACAAUCAUGGGUUAUACCCUACAACACCACCACCACCGAUGGCUGUUGGCCUGCCGCCUUCUCUCAUCCCCAAUGGUGUAGGGAUACACAGCAAUGGGCAUGUGAAUGGCACCGUUGGGCCUUGGUUUAACCAUGCUUGAUUCAUAGGGCCUCAAGUGCUUUUAGUUACCCCCAUAGAGCUGGUUAACAUCUCAAUUAGGCAGAGAUGCCACCUUUUUAAAUUUCCUUUUUGCGGUAUUUGUUGCUGGUAGAUCUGUUGGGCCAGAGGUGUGUGUGGAGAAAGAAACAAUAAGAGGAAGAAAGAUCCCUUUCCCACGACCGGUCGAUAGAACUAACAGUCGGAAAUGCCGUUUACUUAUGUCUUUGAUUCGAUUUUUAUAAAGGAAAAAGUUAAUUUCAGGCA